UACAGUGUAGACCUGCCAGCUCCGCGUUUAUGAACUCAUCUCCUCCGGAUCAGCCUUUAAACACCACCCUGAGGUAUGGAGUGUUUGUAGAGGAGGAGCAGGAUCACACACACUGGAUACUUUCAUCACACUCUUUUGGACUUGGACACUCCUUUUUCUGUUUGUGUUUGUAUGUUCGCUGGAUGCUGAUCACAUUCAGGAGGGAUCCCAGCAGACAUCCCCUGGUGGUUUGUGUUUAGGAAAUGGCAACUGCUCUCAGUGGCCGAAACCCCGGCGGACGUGGACAACAGCGUAGUAAGGGUCGGAUCUUAGGGAUCAUUGACGCCAUCCAGGAUGCAGUGGGACCUCCGAAACAAGCAGCCGCCGACCGGAGGACUGUGGAGAAGACCUGGAAACUCAUGGAUAAAGUUGUCCGGUUGUGCCAAAAUCCCAGACUCCAGCUAAAAAACAGUCCUCCGUACAUCCUGGAUAUCUUACCUGACGCCUACCAGCACCUGCGGCUUAUACUGGGCAAAUAUGAGGAGAACCAGCGACUGGCACAGCUCAGUGACAAUGAGUACUUUAAAAUCUACAUCGAUAGCCUUAUGAAGAAAUCCAAACGGGCCAUCCGGCUCUUCAAAGAGGGAAAGGAAAGGAUGUAUGAGGAGCAGUCACAGGACAGGAGGAACCUGACCAAGCUGUCUCUAAUCUUCAGUCACAUGUUGGUAGAAAUCAAAGCCAUCUUCCCUGGAGGACAGUUCCAUGGAGACACGUUCAGGAUCACCAAGGCUGAUGCCGCUGACUUCUGGAGGAGAUUCUUUGGAGAAAAGACAAUUGUGCCAUGGAAAGUCUUCCGACAGUGCCUUCAUGAACUGCAUCCCAUCAGCUCGGGCCUGGAAGCCAUGGCCCUCAAAUCCACCAUCGAUCUCACCUGCAACGACUACAUUUCUGUGUUUGAGUUUGACAUCUUCACACGCCUUUUCCAGCCAUGGGGAUCAAUUCUGAGGAACUGGAAUUUCCUAGCAGUGACACACCCCGGGUACAUGGCCUUCCUUACCUAUGAUGAAGUCAAAGCCCGACUGCACAAGUACAUUAACAAGCCUGGAAGUUACAUCUUCAGACUGAGUUGUACUCGGCUGGGCCAGUGGGCCAUCGGUUAUGUGACUAAUGAUGGGAACAUACUGCAAACCAUCCCACACAACAAGCCACUGUUCCAGGCCCUCAUCGAUGGCUACAGGGAGGGCUUCUACUUGUUCCCUGAUGGUCGCAGUUACAAUCCUGACCUCACUGAUUUAUGUGAGCUGACGCCUCAUGAUCACAUCAAAGUCACACAAGAACAGUAUGAGCUCUACUGUGAAAUGGGCUCCACCUUCCAGCUUUGUAAGAUCUGCGCUGAGAACGACAAAGAUGUCAAGAUAGAACCUUGUGGUCAUCUGAUGUGCACUUCCUGUCUUACAGCUUGGCAGGAAUCAGAUGGUCAGGGUUGUCCGUUCUGCCGUUGUGAGAUCAAAGGCACAGAGCCCAUCAUUGUGGAUCCCUUUGACCCACGAAAUGAGGGCACCAAGUGCUUCUUCCUGGACCAGCACAGCUGCCACAUGCUAGAGCUGGAUGACGAGGAAGACCGAGAGGACUGCCUGGUCAUGAGUGGACUUGCCAACAUCAGGAAGCACUGUGCUGAGCGGCAGAACUCCCCAAUGGUGUCUCCCAGCUCUUCACCUGUCAGCCAACACAGGAAAGCCCAUAUAGGGGACCCCGGUCAUUGCGUCCAGCACCUUGGCCUUCCUCCUGUCCCGCCACGACUUGACCUCAUCCAGAAAGGUGCCAUCCGCUCUCCGUCUGCCAGUCCCACUGCCUCUCCAAAGUCUUCACCAGGCAUUUCAAGAAAGCAAGACAAGCCUCUCCCAGCCCCACCUCCCCCGCAGAGGGAUCCACCUCCACCGCCUCCACCUGAGCGGCCUCCUCCCAUUCCUCCAGAGUCUCGCCACUCUUGGCUUCCCAGUUCCUCUUCCACGUCCUCUUCUACUGGGGCGCUCUCAGACUCCCAAAUUACCCCUGAGACACGCUGUACCAAAGACAACCAUUUGGCAGAUGCCCACAGGCCUGGAGUAGAACUCCAGCUCCAGCUGGGACCUGCCGGCCCCUCUCACCUGAACGGAAGACCUCUCAGUUUUCCAUCUGCAGGAUUUGGAAGGUUACAUCACAGAAUGGAGGGGACAGGAAACCGAGAGAGCUCAAAGCCCUUUUCUAAUGGCGUGCCAGUCAGUGAUGAGUAUGAUAUUAUUCCUUCACGGCUCUCUCCAAGUCAGUCCUCACUUGCCAGUAGCCACAAAGCCUCCAACCCUUUCACUAGUCCUGUUAAAGAAAGACAGCAGAGGGCGAUGGAGAGGCCGGAGGAUGACUAUCAAAUCCCUUCAUCCCACCUCUGUCUGAGCCAGGCUCCAAUCUGCAUCUCUGUGCCCAGCAGGAACUUGGAGAAUGGCUCCACAGAACCCUCCAUUGAGGAGAAGAAGCAGCGGUUCCCUGAGACUGGUAGACACUCAGAAUCGGUCAGAGAGUUGGUCCCGGGGGCAGCAAAUACUGACCUCUGCCCCUUCAACACGAACCAGUCACCCUCCAACUAUGACAUUCUGCUACCCCCCCAAGCAUUAGAAGAGCUCUUCAACAGCCGCCCUCCAUCCCAGCCUCCCCCUCCUCCUCCGCCAGUGCGACACAGCUUUACUGACCUCUUCUCAUCUCUGCCGUCCUCAUCCUGCAACUCAUCUACGUCCUCCUCCUCCUCCUCUGUCAUCCCACGACCACACAGGCCCUCCUCUGGACAUGAGCAUUUACUGUUAACCCCUGACACAGUGUUUGAAAUGCUAAACAGUGCUGCUCCCCUGCCUCCAGUCCGACGACACACAGAAAAUGUUAAAGGCUCCAGAGGCUGCCUUGAAUACGACCAUUUACCAGUAUUGAUGGACUGUUCACAGGCCCCUGCGAGGCCUCCCAAGCCACUGCCCAGGAAGAUCCCUCCAGACAUCCAGCCAGGCAUACCCCACAGCAUGGAGUCCGAGUCCAUAGACGCCAAGAUAGCCAAGCUGAUGGGAGAGGGUUACUCCUUUGAAGAUGUGAAGCGGGCGCUAAUGAUUGCCCAGUACAAAGUGGACGUGGCCCGAAACAUUCUGCGAGAAUUUGCCUUAGUGGCCCCGAGACUGAACCUCUAGUCCUUGAGACGCUGUGCCUCUAAAUGCACUCAACAGAAAGGGCUUCUCCGCUGUCCUUGCUCAGACCAUUGGAAAAACCUAUGGUCAUCAGAGAAAAGAACAAUUUCAAGAAUGAUUUGCCUUUUGUUGCCGCACAGAGAUGAUGAUGCACAACAAAGUGGCUACAACCAAAUCAUGUCAGAACUAAGAGAAUGAAAAGUGAUUUAAACCUGUGAAAAAAAGAAACAGGCUUGUUGUCGUUUCUAUUGAGCUUUGCCAGGGCUGGCUUCUGGUUUUCAAAUGCUCUGGUUUGAAUUGGACUGUUGGACUGGCUAUUUUAAAGCCCCGGUCCUGCUACUGCUGCUAAUGUUCUUUUCACAUCCUGUCACCCUCCAGUCAGUAUUUUGAAGGGCUUUUCAAAAGAGCUAGACAUUUCCUGCCCAGUUUAGCCUACACGCUCACACAGUUAUAAGUGAUCAUUUGUAUUUACAGCCAGUGGGGGGAGCCAGACUCCACUGUUUCUCUAAUUGUAAUUCUCACUCUCCACUUGGCACUAUCUCCUACUUCUUCCUCUUCUUUGCCUUGUGUGUUGCCUAUCAGAGAAUACCCCACUGUUUGCACAGAGUCUGGCUGAUGCGUAGGUCUUAACAAGGUCUGGUGAGUUGGGAGUGGAUAGAUGGAGUCAGGGGAUGCCUUAUUGAUUCACUUGUUUCCCCCAGACCUUCAGAAAACCGCACCACAGCUCCAGAGAAGCACUCUUGUUAGACUUAUUUUGACAAGAAGUGUAAAGCAACAAGAGAGUGUGUGUUUUUAUGUGUUUGUGUGUGUGUGUGUGUGUGUGUUUGUGUUUCUGUUCUUCGACCAGAGGAUUAAUAAGCUGAGGCCUUUUUUAAUUACAUUCUUCAUCUGAGGAUAGCAAGCCUCUGAAUGUAUUUCUUCUGCAUGAGUGAGCUAUACCUUUGUACACUCUGCUUCCUCUAAGACCUGGUGUUGCCCUAAAGUGUUAGUGGAAAAGGUUUAUGUCCUCCUCAAUAACUUCAAGUCAAAAGCCAGACAUUUGUGCCUGCAUUUUUACUCAAGCAUUUAAAUGACAGGAGUGAACCUGUUGUGUAGAUCAGCGAGCCAGACAUUGUGUGUUAGAGCUCUGAGGUGACGGUGGUCAUUAGUCAUCACGCUGCAACUUCCUGUCUCCACUUCAAAAAACAGCCAUCAUUGUGGAAGUGGCCACAUUCUCCCCACAUGAAGAACGCUCACUCUGAGGUGGAGUGCGAGUCACUCUGACAUCUCUGCAGCAGUUCUUCUUUUUCUUAUUAUCUCAGAUUCUUCUGUAAACACAACAGACCUGAACUGCACAGCUUUCAAACUUCGAGACCUGUCAUAUCCACCUUCAGAAUCAGCUGUAUUUCUCCCUAAUAUGUCACCUAUGCAUAUAAUGGAUUAGCUUAAACGUAAAACAUUGCUGUUGUUAUUCCCUCAGUAGGAGGGAAGCGGGGGGCUAUGUUUUCAUGAAUGAUACUCUUUCCUUUUCAUUAAUUCUAUUUUCAUAGCAAUUAGGCAACCAGCUAAUUUAAAUAUAUAAUUCUGGAAUGGAGUUAGGUGUUGAUUUAUGGAAACACGGUGCCAACAAAGUCUCAGGCAGUCUGUCCACAGAGCACUGAUGAGUCCUGAUGAUCCACAAGCUCCAUUCAGA